AUGUCUGCGGACGGGGGCAGGAGGCUGGAGCACGUGGACGAUACCCUCUCGGUCACGGGGAGAAGGGCAAAGUCCCUCCAGCCAGCGGCUGGAAGGCGCUGGUACUACGGUAUAGUGUCCAUCUACUCAGUGCUGAGCCCUCGGAAAGAUGAACUUCUCAUCGAUGAUUAUGAAGAACUUCCCACCGCCUCAGGAUCCGCCGACCGGCCAAUGACAGCACAAGCAGCUGCGCAUGAACUGGAGCCGAAAGAGAGGAUCGGAAGUAGACCGUACCGUCUGAUCUGCUUGCUCUGCUUAGUUACGUCCGCCCUCAUCGUGAUAGUGGCCGGACUCUCGAUCCAUGUGUCACAGAUUCGUCAGUCUAAGGUCACUUCUGAUCGAAAAUACCAUGAGUUAAACUCAACCCUUCAAUCCCAGCUUUCUGAGCUCAACUCCAAUCUGUCCGAACUUAAACGAAUGCACAGAGAUCUCCGUCACCAGUUCACUGACAUCGAAAGGAAGUACAGAUCUGUCAAUGAAAACAAGGCUCAAAUCUGUGAAUUGUUGACCAGCAGAAGAGAGCAAACGUGUUCCAAGAACUGGAUGAAAAAUAGAGACCGGUGUUAUUACGUAUCCACGUUUGAAACGUCUUCCCACAAAGCGAUGCAUGAAUGUUCAAGCCGGAAGAAGCUGUUAGUCUUAUGA